AUGACAGCACAUUACUCAAUAGCAACGCAACGCUCGCUUCAGCGACUGGAUUACUUUUAUCAGGCAAUCAAUGCAACGAUUUUAAGUAAACAGAACGCUGUUAGUGGCCUUAUGCCGGCAUCGGUAGCAAUCACGACCCAUGGUGAUUAUACCGACGCCUGGGUACGAACUGAUACAUCCAUAUUAGAUGAGCUGGAACACGCGGUAAUCAAACUGAUGCGCGGAUUACUGUUCGCCAUGAUGCGUCAAGCUGAGAAAGUCGAAAAGUUCAAAAAGACACAAACACUAGAGCAUUCGCUACAUGCCAAAUACAACACCACCAAUGGCGAGACUGUCGUGGGUGAUUUUGAUUGGGGUCAUUUACAGAUUGACGCAACCAGCUUUUUCCUUCUGGCGUUGGCUGACAUGACUACGAGCGGAUUUACAAUCAUAUACACCCAAGAUGAAGUAGACUUUGUACAGAACUUAGUGUUCUAUAUCGAGCGUGCAUACCGUACACCGGACUAUGGCAUCUGGGAGCGUGGGAACAAGUCGAACCAUGGACAACCCGAGUUGAACUCUUCCUCCAUUGGCAUGGCUCUGGCUGCAUUACGCGCUAUCAACGGAGUUAAUUUAUUUGGUGCACGCGGCGGUCCCACCACGGUCAUUCAUGUGCUUCCAGACGAGUUGACACGCAAUGCCACCACACUACACAGCUUCUUACCACGCGAAUCCAACUCCAAAGAAAUCGAUGGCUCGGUCUUAUCCGUGAUUGGAUUCCCAGCCUUUGCAGUCACCGAUCCCGACCUGAUCCGACGCUCCAAACAAGAAGCCAAAGAAAAACUAGAAGGCAAAUACGGCUGGAAACGAUUUCUGCGCGACGGCCAUCAAACUGUGCUAGAGGACACAUCGCGCUUGCAUUACAACUUAAACGAGCUCAAGAUAUUCGAAAACAUUGAAUCCGAAUGGCCGCUGUUUUUCACGUACUUGGUGCUAGAAGGAUUAUUUACGGGCGACAUGGAACAAGCACGAGAAUACCGUAAAAAAUUGGAGCCAUUGAUUAUUGACUCCAUGAAUAUGCACCAGUUGCCCAUGUCUCCCGGUGGUGGUACUGUGUCGCCUGCUGGGUCGUCGUCUAAAUAUUCGUUCAAUACCGAUCCUGGCAUUAGUAUCCCUUUGGUGGCCGAAUUGUACUAUGUUCCUUCUGAAAACAUUGAAGCCGAAAAGGCCAAUCCGCAUUCCCAGAUACGCUGUCCCAACGAUAACUUGCCAUUGGUGUGGGCACUUUCGCUGUAUUUCUUGGGUUGUCUCAUUGAAGAAGAUUUGCUGUCACCGUCCGAAGUCGAUCCCCUGGGUCGUCGGUUCGCUGCCAAACAGGUACCACGACAACAUAUCGUACAAAUUGUUUUGCUGUCAGAAGACUCGACUUUGCAAAGCACAUUGUCCAUGUAUGGUCUCGAGACUCAGACUAUGAGUGAGAUCGCGUCAAACACAACUGUAUUACAUCCUCGCGCAUUGACCGAAGUCUAUGCUGGGUUGGGAAGAAACACAAAAUUGGGAUUGAGCGGCAGGCCCAAAAGACCCGUGGGUGUUCUCGGGACAUCACGACUAUAUCGCAUCCAAGGCCAAAUCUAUGCCUUUACGCCUCAUUUUAUGGACAAUGAAGAAUUUUAUCUCAACACUGACCCCGACUACCUAGUAUCAGCAUUCGAAAGCGAAUUAAGCUUUACAAGCCAAAACUGGUUCUAUCCAGGCCGACCCACCAUGGUCGUCGUAUUGACCAACGCAUUGCUGGGCGCUAUGCGAGGACAACUCUUCACCAAACGAUCGGAUCUAGCCACCGCGAGCGACCAAUCUCAAAAGAAUCUGCUCAAUUGUUUCAUGAAUUUACGUUGUGGUGAGAGCAGUAACGGUGUUCGAGUCCGUCUUUGCCGACUGCAGGAAUCGGUCAAUACAAGCAACAUUGAAUCACUCGACUUUUUGAUUAAUCAGCCGGAUAUGGAUUGGGAAAGCAUCUUGUUGUUUGCUAACAAGACGGCGCGGAAUCGACGUCGUUCCAUCCAUCGUAAACUGGGUUAUGAUGAAGGGAAAACACAGGCGAAUACCCCUGGCGGUCGCAUGACGCCUGGUAGCAAAACUCCACGACGACGCAAUACGGCGUUCCAUGGUAAAUCUUUGGCGUCCCCAUUGGAUAAGUUGAAUCAAGAAAGCUAUUUUGAGCAGUUGUCGACGGCAUUGGCGAAUCUCAAGACGCCAGAAGAUGAUACUAAUGAUGAUGAGCCAAAAUUUAAGCUCAAGGAGCCAGAGCAGCAUAGCCCAGCUACACGGAAAACAGUGGCUCAUGCGGAUGGAUCGACCGAGAGCACUGGAUCGCCAUUCCCUGGAGAUGCCUCGUCGGAUCGUCCAAUGAGCGAAUCGCCCGCUGCUUCGGAUAUGCUCUCAUUGAUGCUGGGUGAUACAUCCCAAUUUCAGCAGGCCUUGGAAAGUCUGGUCGCAUCUGUCAAUCUCUACGAUCAGAUUGACUUGCUACAAUAUCUUGCGUCCUGUCAACCGAUUGAUUUCUACAUCGAGGAGCUGCAAGCCACAAUAAAAGAACUGCUCGAAGAAGUUUAUCUGAAGUCCAUGCGGUUGCAAUACUGGUCGAUUGCUCGUCAAGCAGCUGGCUUAUUGCACAAGAUCGUACCUUCGCUCACAAUCAAUAUCACUGACUUGGUUAUUCGACAAAAGCAAGUCAGCAUUGGUUCCGGACCGCAAGAAUAUCUCAUGUCGAUGCCUACUGCGCCCGAUGCACUGAGUAAAAUGAUCGCUGAGCAUUGCAACGACGAUGUACGCGAAGGGCCUGUCGUGCAAGAAAUCAUCAUCUAUCUCGGCAGCUUGAUUCGAACCGUACCACAUAUCUUUGACGGUAUUUUGCGACUCCGGACACACUACAUCAUUAUCGCUUUACGUGAAGAGAUUAGCCGUACGAACGGGUGUGAUGAAGAAGAAGCUGUCGAGCAUUUGAUGCAGCUCUCGCCAUUCGAACUCAAAACUCUGUUGGGAACGAUCUUGUCUGGGCCUGGUUUAUGUGACAGUGACAUCGUCGUGCGCGACAAGCCUGGCGAACAAGUAGUUACAAAAUCGACACCACCAACAACAGCGGAUACAAACAAGUUGGUUAUCCGUGUCCAAUCAGCAGGAUAUACCUGGGGCAACUUUGCACGCGUCGAUAUCAAUGGCAACACGUUGCAUGGCAACUCGCGCGGUAUCCACGUUUGGGCUAUUGACCGCAGUACUCAACUGUUGUUGGAGCGUGGAUCGUUUGAUACUCACAUAUCUACUGACGAAAGUUUGGAAUUCAAACGAUUCAUUGAUUGGCUCUCGCCUGGCACGGUCGUAGUCAUUGCUGUCAAGGACGACUGUACCGAGCAUCUUGGUAAAGAAGGUAUCGAAGCUUUGGAGAGUUUGGGGAGUACCAAGAUCCGUCAAGUACAGUAUCGAGACUCGUAUGUCUUCAUUGGUGAAAAGCGAGGCAACAGUAGCAGCAGUCAUAGUGCUCUAUCACCGUCUUCUUCAUUCCCUUUCAUUGAACAGUACAACCACACGGGUCCAACCGAACUAGUCGAAAAGACUAUUACAACUGUGGCGAACAGCAAGACAGCCAAGAACAAUAACAACGAUAGCCCCACGACCACCACGACGAGUAGCACCAGUGAAACGUAUCCAAACUCAAACGGUCGCUGGCUGCGUCGACGCAAAAACGAUGGUGCACUCAAUCGCGUUCCACCCCAGUUCUUUCCCAACACAUGGCAAAUCCUGGAUAGCUCACAAGGCCUACGAAUCCAUCGACACACUCUACCACGUGAUCCAACCGUCCUCGAAAAAACUGCCGAAGAGUUCAACUUUGCGAUUGCAGUUGAAGGCUUUUUAAGCUGGUUUAUCGAUCCAGCUGAGCGCCAGGUUGCCGUUGAGACAUUGACGGUGAUAUACAAGCUCAAGGAACGUAAUCCAGAAAUGCGACUCAGCACCUACAUUGAUAUCACACAGAUCAUUGACACUGCGGUUGAAUUCUUUUGGACAAAAUGGAAUACCAAAAGCAAUUAUAAAGAAAACAAAGGAUUGGCGCACAAGUUGUUUUAUGAUUUGCCACAGCAAGGAUCGGAUGAUAGUACAUUUGGUUAUCUAUCAAAGAGUGCACUUAAAGUGCUCCCAUUUGAGUUUAAUUAUUAG